GAUUAACCGUAUAAAGAAACUUAAAGUGUGGGAGUAAAACUAAGAAACUAUUUUGUUGAGGGACUACUUGUAUAAAAUAUAAAACCUAUGAGGAUCUCCAAAGGUCAAUAACCCCACCCCUCAUUUUCCUUUGUUCCCUCCUCCUGCCAGGUUUAUAGGCAGGGAAGAGGAUGAAGGCGAUAAAAAGCUAAUCUUGAUCAGAAAUUCUCCAUGGAUCAAGAGAGAAUGAGAGCAAAACAAGAACAGCCCAUUAUCAGCAACGGAGCCAAGAAGACAAGGGAUCAGCCAAAUCUGACAGAAUGUCAGUCUUGUGGUCUCCGCACCCCCUCUCAUAAAAGACUCGAAAUUUUAUACAGUGAGUGGCGAAUCAUCCUUCUUUGUACGAAAUGUUUUAAUCUUGUUGAGUCUUCCGGGAUUUGCUCUUAUUGUUUCAGACAAUCAUCUGAUAAGACUAAGUGUUUUCGUUGUUGCCAAUGUAAGAGGGUUGUUCAUAAAUCAUGUUUUGCAAAACGUAAGGCUGUCACCCCUUGGUCGUAUUCUAGUUGUGGUGGUGGUGGUGAUUUUUUUGUUUGUAUAGAUUGUUGGGUGCCUAAUUCGGUUGCUAGUAAGAGGGGGGGAGUUUGUAAGGAUAGCAAGAGGAAUAGCGGUAGGGUUUUGGGUAGAAGUUUGGAGGAUGCUAAUUGUGUGGUACAGGAGAAGGUUGAGGCUGCGGUUAGGGCUAGGGAUUUGGCUGUGAGGAAGGCGUUGGAGGAGAGGAAUGCGGCGGAUGUGGCCAGGAAAGCAUUGGAUAUGGUGGCUAAUAAUGGGGUUGUUAAGGAGAAUAAUGAUGUUGAUGAUUUUGAAUUGGCAUUUCGGUUGCAUCGAGCAAUAAAUAGCUCGCCCCGGAUAUCGAGUAAUUUGUGCUUGGUUAAUUCAAGUUGUUUGGGUGUUGCUAGGAGAGGGGAGGGUAAUGGUAAAACGCGGAUUAGAGAUUCUGAUUUUAGGAAUCCCAGUGCUUGUGGAAAGCAUGAUGAUUUUCUGAGUAAAAGUGUGGACUUGGAGUGUCGGAAAUCGAAUGGAAUUGGUGAUGGUAAAAUCAGACCUAAUGCUAAGAAAGAUGGAAAUGCGGGCAAGUGUUCGAAGAUGGGAGAACAGAGCUUUUCCAGCAAAUUGAUAGACUCAAGGGGGAAUGACCAUAGUGUGAACUCUGGUUCUCAAUCUUUUAGGGAACGAAAUGAGUCUAUGACACCUGAUGAUAAAAGUUGCAAGGGAAAAAAUGACCGCUAUCUGCUGAAGUAUAGUAGGAGAAAGUUAGAUGAGAGGUUAAUUCCAGAUGGUGGACCCAAGUUCCUCUAUGAAGGCUUGCACUCAGGACUUGCACCUCAGCAAUGGAACAGCUGCUAAGGUGUUCUAAAGAAUUGUUGGGGAUCUGUCAAGGAUGACACCAAAUCUGUAGAUUUACCUAUAAUUUUCCGAUAGGUUCUCAACUUUUGAGGUUUCCAAGAGUUAAAACAAUGUGCUUUCCUUUAUGUAUGAAAUUCUUUGUACUUGUGAUCUUUCAUAUUACAUUCUUAAAUUCAAUCUUUGUGCUUUCUGUUUUCUAUCUGUAAUUACAUCUCUUACAUGCUCUCUUCUCUGGCCGUGCUGGUUACUCUUUUACUUGUAUCAUAUGAGCAUGCUUAAAUAGAAAUAUCAUUGAUAUUUAACCUGAGUGACUGACGAUGGCACACUUCCAUGGUAUUAGAAGGAAUGGAAAAGAAGCCAAUUUAUGGAAGAAUGCAGAAAAGAUCUGUUCAGGAUUUUAUAUCAGCUUUAUGUGGCUGUUAAUUUAUGUGCCAAACAUGUCCUUUCCUCGGUGUCAUUUUGAAAAUUGUGAAUGUGGAUAAUUAGCUUAACUUGAUAGAGUUUUGUUUCUUGCUUAUGGACUGUUUCACUAAAUGUUGCUUAUUUCGCAAUAAGUUGCUACAAUUGAAUUCAUUCUUGGAAGUAUAUUGUCUCUGGGAUGCUAUGUUUAAUUAGCUCCAAUAGAAUCAAAAUACUGAUAAGUUCGUUCUUCAUAUAAGGACUGACAUUUUGCUCCUGCUUCUCUGUUAUGGACUGCAGACACCUCUCUGAUCUUGUGCCUUGUAUUCGACUGUUUUGGUUGAUGAUGCUUGUUUUGUGAGAAAUCUUAUUUCACUAUGCAUUCAGUGGUAAUGUUGCUGUUGCAUUAAUCCUACUGAUUCUAAUCUGUUGAUGCAAAUUAUGAGGCAGCAAUACUACAAUUGUUUCUCUGGGUUUAACAACUGUUUCUGCAUUGCUACAGCUGUUUCUUACUUGGCUGAUUUAGUUUGCAGGAGUUGAUUCUGGCUUUAACUUUGUUAUAGGCAGUCUAUGAAGUCCUACACUUUUUACUGGCCCAUGUAAUUCUCUCUCUUGUUGUAGGUUUUGGCUCCUUUGGCUGCAUUUUGUGUACCAAACUGCCUAGACUAAGCCUUUCUUCUUGCUCCCUGACCCCUGUUGGCGUCCUUAGCAAACUUCCACGGUUUGGUUGAAAGAUCACAUCAAUCAACCAUUAGGAAUAGAAUGAAUUAAUUUGGAUGAUCCCAAUACCCCUAGUCGAGAUGGUGGUUGUAAGUAUUUGUUCAUGGAAACUGAGUUAAAAGACAUGCAGGACAGCAAAAACACGAGAGUUGAAUACACUUGCAUGUUGAAGUAUUGAUUAGUUAUGCAUUCAUGUGUUCACUGUAUGCUCAUUUGGUUAUAAUUUUUGAAAGUUAAUCUUCAAGAACAUCAAGGGAAUCCUUGUCACUCCAACCCUGUCAAAGAAUCACAGGUAAACACACCUUUCUCUAUUUAGUUGUCAAAAGCUCAGCUUAGUUUCUUUCAACAUGUGAAGUAUUUUCUAAACAAGUCGAAACUUUUUCCCACAGCCUUAACUGCUAAACAAGCUCAUAGCAAGUGAAAGCUACGAUUAUAAUGAUGAAGCUAUAAGAGUUAGCCCUUCUACACCAAACUUCAUGAUUAACUCUGUGGUUCAAAUGUAAUGAAGAAGAAAGGAAACAGCUCAAGAUAUAUUUUAAGAGUUGAUGGAAAAAUGGAGACACAUUGGUUAAAUGUUUCCUUUAUUCAGUGACUCAAUAUAUAACAUAAUUUGAAGAAAGAAAUUGAUUGCUCAGAUAAGGUACACGCCACAAAAUUAAGAUGGAAAGAUUACCAGCAGGCAGCAGAUCUGUCUUUGAAUAUUCUGUUGGUUAGCUGGUUAGAACAACAGAACCGUGCAACUGCUGAACAAGGGAUACAUGUGGUUUAGCAGGGACACAGUUGAUCCUGGAAGAACUGUGUAUGUGGUCUUUGGAAUUUAUGCUGAGUGGCAAGGAGCAAGGCAUUUUAUUGUGCAAAAGAGACAACAUGCUACUCAAAGAACAAGCAGUUCAACAUUAUGUAUGGACAUAUCCUAGGGCCAAACCCCAACUUCUGAAAGUCAACGUUCAUGCAGCCUUCAAAUGGAGUGUAAUUGAUGCUCCCAUGCAGUCAUUAGGGUA